CUUAAUUCUGUUUAAAUUGUAUCUAAUUCGUUGAUUAUUUUCUUUCUAUCUUUAACUUGAUUAGUGAUUAAAAAGAGUCGAAAACAAUCAACUUAUUUAAACCUGUUCUUUGUUAUUGUUAUCUUCAAUUUUUUACUCGUUCGUUGAUUGUUAUUGAUUUGGCUACUUAAGCUUCAUUAAUCCGUUAAUCGUUUGUAAUGGAUUACAGUUUCUAUUGAAUUAAUUACUAUUACAAACAAGUGAGACUAUCUGAUCAUUUUGGUUGAUUAAUUUGCAGAUUGAAAUGUCUGGUUGUUUUCAAUUUUUCUCGAAGGAUUCAGAUGAAUCAAAUUCAACCGAUGAGAUUAUCAAAUUGUUCAAUUGUUUAAUUGUUCGUGAUGGUCAACUCAAAUCGGAGGAUCUCUGGUUAAGAGGAGGUAAAAUAAUCAAUCCCGAGCCCGUUUUUUACGAUGAAAAAUGUAAACCCGAUGCUGUGAUUAAUUGCCAAGGAAAUAUAAUCGCUCCAGGAUAUAUCGAUCUCCAAAUUAAUGGUGGUUAUGGUUACGAUUUUUCCGAUGAUAAGAUUGACAUCGACUCAGCAAUUAACAGUGUUGCUCGUGGAAUCCUUGAAUCCGGUGUUACCUCUUUCUGUCCCACUUUGAUUACCCAAUCAAUUGAUUCGUAUCGGAAAAUAGUUCCCAAAAUUAAACGGAGACAUGGAAGUGUCACCAAUGGAGCCAAUGUUUUGGGUAUUCACUUGGAAGGACCUUUUAUCAAUUUAAAGAAACGAGGAGCUCACCCUGAACAUUUGGUUCGAGGUGAAACUAUUCAAUCAUUUUCCGAGCUAAUCAAUGUUUAUGGUUCUCUUGAUAAUGUUUCGAUUAUAACAUUAGCUCCUGAACUCGAUAAAGGAUCGGUAAUUAAGGGUCUAGUCGCUAAUGGAAUAACGGUUUCCAUGGGACAUUCAGUUGCGACUCUUGAUGAAGGUUACACUGGACUUUCCAAUGGUGCUAAUUUUAUCACUCCUUUUAACGCUAUGUUACCAUUUCAUCAUCGGGAUCCUGGUCUGGUUGGGCUAUUGGCCUCCGAUCCUAAGUCAUUGUCGCCAUCAUCUGAUAAUGUCAACAUUUAUUAUGGGAUAAUUGCUGAUGGUAUUCAUACUCAUGAUGCUGCUCUGAAAAUCGCUUAUCGUACUCAUCCAAAUGGCCUUGUUUGCGUUACCGAUGCGAUUUCGGCUCUUGGCUUGGAAUCUGGAAAGAAACACAAAUUAGGUCACCAAUUUGUUGAAAUUCACGGUUCUAAAGUUACCGUUGCCGGGACUGAUACACUUUGUGGCUCGAUUGCAACAAUGUCCCAAUGUGUACGUAAUUUAAAUUCAGUCACUAAUUGUGGGAUAGUUAAAGCAAUUGACUGUGCCACUCUGCAUCCAGCCAAAGUAUUGGGUUUAACUGAUAUAAAGGGAACUCUUAAUUUCGGUUCAGAUGCUGAUUUUAUCAUCCUUGAUAAUCAAUUAAACGUCCUAGCCACUUAUAUUGCUAGUCAACAAGUUUGGGUUAAUCAAAAAUUAACUUUCCGAAGCAAUAUCAAAAUUAACAAUUUACAUAUAAAUUUAUGUAUUUUCUUAACAAUUUGCAAUAUUCAUUUUCCUCGAUCAAUCCAAUCAACAAGUUACAAUUAAGUAACUCUUGUGAUACUAAUUGUAAAUAUCUACAAACAAUGUACUCUUGUCAAAUAACAAUAAAUUGUUUUAAUUGUAAAGAUUUCAACUAUUUAUAAUUGUAUGAUUUGAUUUUGUCUAUUCAAGUUUCAUAUAAUCAAUAAUUGUCCUAGAUUUACACUGAUUGCAAUUAACUAACUAAGGGAUCUAAUUGUGAUCACUCUGCCAUCGUGUGCUCUCAAAAAACAACAACAAUCAGUGGUAAUUAGUAAAUUGUUACCAUUUAAACAUAACCAGUUAGUCUCUGAUCGGCUAAUAACAAUUGUCAAUCUCACAAUCAUAAUGAGCAGACAUUUGAUUGAAGGUUUACUUGACUCUUUUAAUAAAAAAAUUAUGGUUCUACUCAGUGACAAUCGGACAUUGUUCGGAAUUUUACAAACCAUCGAUCAAAAAGCUAAUUUAGUUUUGAACAGAACCGUUGAAAAGAUUUACUCUGGAAAUAAAUACGCUGAGAUUGAUUUAGGAACCAUAAUCAUCCGAGGUGAAAACAUAGUGAUCAUUGGAGAGACUAAUUUAGAGAAUGAUGAAAAUUCAGAGAAAUUGGAAAAAGUUUCAAUGGAGGAAAUUUUAUCAACCAAUGAAUCGUCACCCGAUAAACUGAUUGUCCAAAAAGAAAGAAAAAAAAUUAAAGAACUAAUUACAUUCAUCGAUUUUUAUGAUCCUAAUCAUUUAUAAUUACUCUUAAUUGUCAUCACAGUUUACUCAUAUUUCUUAAUUAUUGUCAAUCACAAUUCAAACAUUUAACCAAAUUCAUUUCAUCAAAUUUCAAUAAAAGACUAAAAUUUUCACAUAAA